AUCGAGAUUAUCGUCUGCUCACCUUUCAUGUCAAAUUGUGACGUCUGACGUGACUUGUGACUUGUGAGAGCGUUAGUUUCUUCGUACGAAUUCUUUCACUACCCAAAACUAUGCCUCCAGUUCUAGCCUACUGGGCAAUUCGUGGGUUGGCUCAACCAAUUCGCUUGCUGUUGAAAUAUACCCAAACCGAGUUUGAGGAUAAGCGUUAUGUCGUAGGUCCAGGAUUCGAUAAAUCAUGCUGGUUUGAUGUGAAAUAUUCUCUCGGAUUAGACUUCCCAAAUCUCCCCUAUUAUGUAGAUGGGGAUGUCAAGUUAACUCAAAGCAAUGCCAUCCUACGCUAUAUUGCUGGAAAACAUAACCUGAUUGGCACAAAUGAAAAGGAAAAAAUCCGUGUGGACCUUAUGGAGAAUGAAAUUGGUGAUUUCCGUGAUGGAUGGGUCAGACUGUGCUACAGUCCUAAUUUUGAUGAAUUGAAAGGUGACUACAUCAGUGGUCUCCCAUCAAAACUCUCUGAAUUUUCAAAGUAUCUAGGAGACAACAACUGGCUAGCUGGAGAAAAUAUUUCGUUUGUGGAUUUCAUUUUUUAUGAAAUGUUGGAUCAACACAUGAUAUUGGUACCCGACUGUUUGGAUUCCUUUUUGAAUCUUAAACUUUAUUGCGAGAGAUUCCGAUCUUUGGACUCUAUUAAAACUUAUAUUUCAAGCAACGAAUUUAUAACACGCCCAUUAAACAAUCCUCAUGCUGGAUUUAAGUAAUGUCGUUAAAUUAAUUUAAACAAAAAACAAUAUAGUAAGUUCUUUAUUGGUAUAUAUUUGGUGAAAAUCAUGGGGUUAUAUUAAUUUGUUAAAAUCAGUUUUUAAGCUUAACUGGAAAAUGGAAAUAUAAAUUACUAAAGUAAAA